AUGACCUCGAACCCUCCUCAGUCGGGCGUUCAAUCAGGACAGAGCACCGCUACCUCCGCCACUACGUCCGCGCCCGCCCCUGCGACUGCUCCUGCAGCCAAGUCGUACGCCAACGCGACGAAGAAGUCCACCACGGACUCCUCCUCCCCUCCCGUCACCGUGGGUGGCUCGACGCAACAUGGGAAGUCGAGCUCGGUUUCUCCAGUGAACGGCAAACCCAUGCAAAACCAAUCGACUCCGCAGCAGGCUCAGUCUGGAGUGACCAUCGUCAAUGGCGCUCCUGCGGCCGCUGCUGCGAACGCUCAGAAUGACCACUCCCGCAAACCCUCAGUGACCAUCACAUCUGCUGGUGCUUCUGGAUACAUCCCCAACGGUGGUGCGGCCAGCCGCGCGAACUCCCUGCAAUUCGGAUUUGCCAACCAACAGAGCUCUCCUCAUAUGGGAAACCCCGCCGUCCUGGCCCCCUCGCAGCCUCAGUCUGGUCUCGGCGCUCCUGCGACCAAUCCCCGAGUGACUUCGCCCCAGACCUCCCCCUCACCCAUCCCGCAGCCUGCCUCCAGUGGUGGACGUCCCCCUUCGACCUACCAGGCCCAGGGUAAUGUGCCAAACUUUGGCAGCUUUGGAGAGAAUGCCAGCGACAACAACCUCACAGAAAUGUCUCAGCAGGCUCCUCUGGGUCCUGGUCAACAGCAUGUCCGUCGUGAAUCUUCGCAGUCCACCCAUAGCGAUAUGAGUGCCCACGUCAGCGGUGCAUCCGGCCGUGGUGGCUACCCUCCCCAAGGUGGCCGUGGUCGUGGAUACUCGCAGUCUGGUUAUCAAGGAGGACAGAUGCCUUACUCUCCCGGUCCCAGCUUCCGUCAGACUCCUAACCAGCCCCGUGGCGGUCCUAACAUGGGCCCUCAGUUCCACGGUCCUAACCAAGGUCGUCCAAUGCCUCCGUUCCCUAACUCGCCUCACCAAGCCAACCGCAGCCCGGCGCUCGCCAACGCACACCCUACUACGCCGCAAAUGAAUCAAGUCCCCAUGGCCCACCCGCAGAUGCCACCUCAGCCCUAUCCCGGCUACGGACAGCAUAUGGGCCCCCAAUCUGUGAGAUUCCCACCUACCACCCAACUGCCCCCCAGACCUCCCCGGCCAGAUGAUCAUGGCUUCCGCGGUUCCCAGCGCGGUCCCAAUCGUGGCUGGCACAACCGUGGCGUCGACCGUGACUCUCGAGGCGGCGGCUUCAACUCUCGCGGCAGCCGUCGUCGAGUGGAAGAUUUGCCCAGCUGGAGAAAUACCCAAGUAACAACCCGAGAGAAUGCCGCCGCGCUUACUAUGUCCAUGCCUAAUUUGGCUCCAGAAAGUGGUCAAUUUGAGCAAUAUCUAACAAUGAUUCGUGAUCAGGGCUUCCCUCCUUACGACCCCAACUACUACAACUACCCUGGCUACAACAUGCAGAACAUGCAGUACAUGACUCCCCCAUCGCCUCAACCUCGCCCAGGCAUGCCUUUCAAUCCCCAGGCGCCGUACAUGCAAGCACAGUAUCCCGUGCAGCCUCCCCCUCAGUCGACCCCUCUUUCACGAACCCCCUCUCAGGUGUCAACUGAACGUCCUGGCUCCAGCCUGGGUCACGCUGCACCUGCGGGUCCCGCAGGAGCUGCUCAUGCUCACACAGGCAGUCGAUCUGCUAACAGCCCAGCUCCUGUGAAGCCACACUUCGUAAUUCCCUCUGCUAAGCGCAGCCCUGUCAUCAUUAAGGACCCCAACAGCGGUAGCGUUAAGACCUUUGACAAGAAUCCCGCCUCGCCUGCCCGUGCCACUCCUUCCCCUGUGAAGGUGGCUACUCCUGUCGCAACUCCUCCCCCUCGCACUGCCAGUGCCUCUGAUCACUCUCGCACUGAGAGCAAGGCUGGUAAUGCUCAAACGGAUGAGGAGAAGAAGCAGGCCUUGAAGGACGCGGUCCGCCAGAAGAUCUUGGAUGACGAGGCGGCACAGAAGCGUAAGGAAGAAGAGGCAUCCCGGAAGAGCGCGGAGCCCGCCAAGCCCGCCGUUGCAGAGCCCGCUGAGGUCAUGGCCGCGGAGAAGCCUGCGGAGAAGCCCGCUGCAGAGACCAAGUCGGAGGAGCAGAAGAUAGAGGACUCUGUCGCGUCCGCCCGUGCUGCUGUGGAGGACCUGAGUUUGAAAGAGAAGGCUGCGCCAGCUGAGGAGCCCAAGAAAGAGGCCGUCUCAGCCCCCGCCGCCGCUGCCGAUGACGACGACGAGAUCGACUACGAUGCCAUCGAGCGGGAGAUGGCCGAGAUCGAAGCCAAGGAGCGUGCAGCUGAAGAGGAUUACAAGCGUAAAAAGCAGGCUCAAAAGGAGGAGGCGGAGCGCAAGCAGCGCGAGGAGCAAGAGCAGUACGAGAUCAACAUGAAGAAGGCCGAGCGGGAGGCUGAAGAGCGAGAGGCCGCGAAGGAGGCCGCCCGCGCCAAAGGUGACAACGCCGAGGAUGAGGCUAACCGCAAAGAGCGUGAGGACUUGUUUGCGUCCCUCAAGAAGGGCGGAUUCUCUGCUACUGAAAUUUCCACCCCCGCCGACUCCGGUGUUGUGACUCCAGUUUCAUCCGACAUGGGUCCUCCUGCUAAGCCAGCCAGCGCAGCUGGUAAAAAAGCCGCUGGUCUCAAGAUCGAUACUCAGAAGGAAACUCCUCAACCUAGUGCCGCUAUGAACUCCCUUCAGAAUGCCAAGUUCCUCGAAGAUCUCAGCAAGGUCACUUAUCCCGCCUCCGUGAAGGCUCCCGAUGCCUCCCUCAACGCCAACUCCCCCGCUGGCCGUCGCUUCCACUAUGACCGGGAGUUCUUGCUCCAGUUCCAGUCUAUUUACAAGGACAAGAUUUCCGUUGACUGGGAUGCUCGCAUUCGUGACACCAUCGGCGACAGCGAGUCCUCCUCUCGACCUCAGUCUGCCCGCACCCCCAGCAUGGGUGGUCGCAAUCCCUCCCACAAGGGGGGGCUUGGUGGUUUCCCUGCCAUGAUGGGUAGCUUCGCUCAGACCUCUCGCCCUGGUGUCUCCUCUGUGAACUCGUCCAUGGGUAACCGCAACGCCUCUGCCUUUGGUUCUAUGGGUCGUCCUGGUAUGCCGGGCAUGACAGGCUCCUUCCGUAAUAACUCGUCUCCCAUGCCUCCUCGUGUUCCCUCUAGCAAGGGUGGCCCUGGAAGCAAGCGUGGUAAGGGUGGCAAGAAGGAGGAAGACACCAACAAGGCCAUGCCUCUGACUGCCGGUAUGGAGCUCAAGGCUCUGCAGCAAUCAGCCACUGGCUGGAAGCCUCGCAGCCUUGUUGCCCCCAAUGCUGGUCCCGCCCCUGGUGGGGAGGGCCAUAUGGCUCCUGAUGUUGUGCAACGUAAGGUGAAGGCUGCGCUGAACAAGAUGACUCCUGAGAAAUUCGACCGCAUUUCCAGCCAGAUUCUGGACAUUGUGUCCCAAUCCAAGGACGAGUCCGAUGGUCGCACCCUUCGCCAGGUCAUCCAGCUUACUUUCGAGAAAGCAACUGAUGAGGCUCAUUGGGCUCCUAUGUACGCCAAGUUCUGCAAGAGCAUGCUCGAGAGCAUGAGCCCUGAGAUCAAGGAUGAGAAUAUUCGCGACAAGUUCGGCAAUAUCGUCACCGGUGGCUCACUGUUCCGCAAAUACCUUCUCAACCGUUGUCAAGAAGAGUUCGAACGCGGCUGGAAGGUCAACCUCCCGCCCAAGCCUGAGGGCUCCACCCAGGAUGACGUCGCUAUGCUGUCCGAUGAGUACUACAUCGCCGCUGCUGCCAAGCGUCGCGGUCUUGGUCUCGUCAAGUUCAUCGGUGAGCUCUACAAGCUGGGCAUGUUGACUGAGCGCAUCAUGCACGAGUGUACCAAGCGACUGCUCGACUUUGAAGGUGUGCCCGAGGAAGCUGAGGUCGAGUCUCUGUGCAACUUGCUGCGUACCAUUGGUGCCAGUCUGGACGCAUCCGAGAAGGGUCCUGCUAUGAUGGAUGCCUACUUCGCCCGUAUUAACCUCAUGAUGGAGAUGCCGGGUCUGCCCAGCCGUCUCAAGUUCAUGCUCAUGGAUAUUGUUGAUCUGCGUUCCCAGCGAUGGAAGUCCAAGGACGCCGAUAAGGGUCCCAAGACCAUCCAGCAGAUUCGUGAGGAGGCGGCUCGUGCGCAGGCCGAGGCUGAGCAAGAGCGCCAACGUCAACAAGCGAACCGUGGUGGCGGUGGUGGUCGCCCUGCUAUGGGCCGUGGCGAUGCCCGUGGCUUUGGUUACGGUAACCAGGCUCCUCCUCCUGACUUUGCUUCGAGCAAGGUUGGUAGUGACGACCUGCGCCGUCUGCGGGCCACCCGUAACACCAACCAGCCGAUGUCCUUCGGCCCAUCCAGUCUGCUUGGUUCCCGCAGCAGCAGCGGACGUAAGGGGCUUGGCCCUGGUGGCAACUUGGUUCGCGGUAGCGAUGACAGCGCUGCCAGCAGCCGCACUGGUACUCCUCCUGCUGGCAAGAAGGAGGAUAAGGAAGCCGCUUCCUCAAUUAACGCCUUCAGUGCCCUUGCCAGCUUGGAAGAUCGUGACAACAUGGCAACAUCGCCUCCUUCCAACCCGACUUCGCCUAUGCUCACGAAGUCCCAGCCUGCUUCGUCCGAGCGCCGCCCCUCCAAGACUCCCACCGAGGGUGAAAACGCAGCAUAG